GGCGGAGUUUCUCCUGCUGGGCUUGCUGGGAAUUUUUUUCCUCCCAAGAGAUCGCCCCGCCGAGAAGCUCUCGCAUUUCCGAACACUGAUUGCCAGUGUGGGCUCUCCGCCCGACGUUUGUGGGCGAGUUCAGUUUGCUGCUGCUGCUCCUUCCUUGGACGUGGAGGAUGAUGGAAUCUGACCUGUGACUUUCUAGGGGGGCUGCGAAGACAGGGCACAGAUGCACGUGAGAACUCAAGAAAGCCCCUUCGGAGAAGUGAGGAAGUAAGAGAAGGGGGAUCAUCCCCAGGGCACUGAGUUGUCCGGGAUUUCUUAAAACCUCUUUGCCAUGCUUUUCCCUGCCUGCCAGGUUUCCCGUCAAGCACAUCGUUGUCUGUGUGUCUUGAAGCCACCAAGAAAAGUCUGUCUUCUGCCUUUUAGUGCAGCACGAUGGGCUUCCUCUUCCGCUGUGCCUCGUAUUACUACCCACUAUUCCAUUCACCCCCGGGAAAAAGACCAACGAUGGGAAGGGGUGAACAUGGAAAGAUUUGCAGAAGAAGCUGAUGUUGUUAUAGUUGGAGGAGGCCCUGCAGGACUGGCCGCAGCUAUUCGACUCAAGCAACUGGCUGGUGAACAUGGCAAAGAAAUCCGUGUGUGCUUGGUGGAGAAAGCCGCUCAGCUUGGUGCACAUACACUUUCUGGGGCUUGCCUUGAGCCACGUGCCUUAGAAGAACUUUUCCCAGACUGGAAAGAGCGAGGGGCUCCACUACAUACCCCUGUAACAGAAGACAAGUUUGGAAUAUUAACAAAGAAUUCUAGAAUCCCAGUUCCUAUUCUUCCAGGCCUUCCGAUGUCUAAUCAUGGGAAUUACAUAGUUCGUCUAGGGCACUUUGUGAGCUGGUUGGGUGAACAAGCAGAAGCACUCGGUGUUGAAGUUUACCCAGGCUAUGCAGCAGCUGAGGUUCUGUUCCAUGAAGAUGGCAGUGUGAAAGGGAUUGCCACAAAUGAUGUUGGCAUUCAAAAGGAUGGGGCUCCUAAGUCUACAUUUGAAAGAGGCUUGGAACUGCAUGCCAAAAUCACAGUGUUUGCAGAAGGCUGCCAUGGACAUCUUGCAAAGCAGUUAUAUGACAGAUACAAUCUAAGGGAGAAUUGCCAGCCCCAGACUUACGGCAUUGGACUUAAAGAGCUCUGGCUUAUUGAUGAAAAGAAAUGGAAACCAGGAAGAGUGGAACAUACAGUUGGCUGGCCUUUGGACAGACAUACAUAUGGAGGAUCGUUUCUUUAUCAUCUGAAUGAGGGUGAACCACUAAUAGCUCUUGGGUUUGUGGUUGGUUUGGAUUAUCAAAACCCAUACUUGAACCCAUUUAAGGAAUUUCAGAGGUGGAAGCACCAUUCCUGUGUGCAGCCUACUUUAGAAGGUGGGAAAAGGAUUGCUUAUGGUGCCCGAGCUCUUAAUGAAGGUGGUUUCCAGUCUAUCCCCAAACUCACCUUUCCUGGUGGGGCCCUUAUUGGCUGCAGCCCAGGUUUCAUCAACGUUCCUAAGAUUAAAGGGACACACACUGCCAUGAAAAGUGGCAUGCUGGCUUCAGAAGCCAUUUUCAACCAGCUCACUCAGGAAAAUCCUCAAUCAAACACCCAAGGGCUUAAUAUACCUGAAUAUGAAGAAAAUCUGAAGAAAUCAUGGGUAUGGAAAGAGCUGUAUGCGGUCAGAAAUAUCCGUCCCUCCUGCCAUGGAGUCCUGGGUGUGUAUGGAGGAAUGAUUUAUACUGGCAUAUUUUAUUGGAUAUUUAGAGGAAUGGAGCCUUGGACCUUGAAACAUCCAGGGACAGAUGCAAAGCAGCUGAAGCCAGCCAAAGACUGCACACCUAUUGAAUACCCCAAACCUGACGGAAAAAUCAGUUUUGAUUUGCUUUCAUCAGUGGCUUUGAGUGGCACAAAUCAUGAACAUGACCAACCACCUCAUUUAACUCUGAAGAAUGACAGUGUUCCUGUCAACCACAACCUAGCUAUAUAUGAUGGACCUGAACAAAGAUUCUGCCCUGCAGGAGUUUAUGAAUAUGUUCCUGUGGAAACUGGAGAAGGCUUGCGAUUACAGAUAAAUGCUCAGAACUGUGUCCACUGCAAGACUUGUGAUAUUAAAGAUCCCAGCCAAAAUAUCAAUUGGGUUGUACCGGAAGGUGGAGGGGGACCAGCUUAUAAUGGAAUGUAGCCUCAAUCAAGAAGAACUCUUUGCCAAUGUACACAGUCAUAAGUUGAUUUUGGUACUACUAUUUGAAACUAAAAGCUUUCCAUGAUUGGAAUGGUCCUCUGGAUUAGGAUUCUGCUGGAGGCUGGAACUUGGUGCCUUACACAGUAAAAUAUAAAGUGAAGUGUGUUCAGAUACACCAGACUUAUUUGAGUUUAUUUUGUAAGACACAUAAAUGAGAAAGUGCUUUAAAACGAGUCAAAAUAUAUUUUGGCCCAUUUACCUAUAGCCACCCAGAGACCUUUGGGUAGCGUGGGCGGCAUAUAAAUUAAAUAAAUAAAUUUUGGUACGUAUUAAUAAUGGAUAUAAUUCAGAGCAGAGGACAUGAAAGUAGACAUUAAAAUAUUUUGUAACCAUUAUGUGUCUUUUGCUGAGCUCUGAACAGCUGAUAGAUGAAUUUGACCUGAAAGCUUGAAGAUCCCCAACACAGACUUUCAUAUUAUACAAAGAACAGGGCAAUGUUGACUAUGGACUGUUUGGUAUUACAUCAUUUUGUUAAGAAAUAAAGCGUGCUUUCUGUGUGUGACA